AUGAAAAUGCCCGCAGUUUGUGCUACGGCGGCAGAAGCGGCAGCAGUGGUGAGAAGCACAGGAACGGAGUGUAGGUUGACCUGGACAUGUCCACCCGGAACAAGUCCAUACUACUACGUAUAUGCUCCUCCAGCACCUCAACCUUAUCCAGCGGAAAAUUACGCGCAAUGUUUUGCUCCUCCAAAUACUUUUUGGUAUCUUCCUGAUGGAACAACCACGAUUGACGGAAUGGCAUGUCAGUCUCCUCCAUAG